AUGGCUGCAAAAUUUGUCGACACCGACGAAAAACAACAUACACAACGUUUUUCUGAUAUAGCGGGAGAACGUUGCCGAAUGCUGAUGCCUAUUGAAGGCUAUCAGACAAAGCCGAUUGUUUCACUCGAAGAGGCUGUAGAACCCAUCCUUGAACAUGUACCUGAUGUGAAACGAAAAGUCUACGUUGCGAAAAAGAAAUGUGCAGAGCUUUCACCAGGAAAACUAUCUAUUGAUGAAACAGCUUCAAUUACACUCUAUUCAAUGGAAUGGGAGCCGCAAGACGAAUGUCUUUACUAUGUUGUUUCUUUCUUUCUGUUUUUUAUAAUUAUUCUCUCUCUUUCCGGAAAGAAAAGAAUAAGUAAAAUAAAAAUUUGUGUUUACUUCUUUCUUUAA